GAUGCAGCCGCUGUCAACACGUUCGGCCACUUCCUGGUUGGGGAUUAGUGGUGAGAGGUGGGAAAUAGCAGGUGAAUUUGUAGCAGUUUACAUUCAUUGAACUGCUUCAGUGAGCUGUGAAUAAUCGCAGUGGAUAAGCCUUAUGUCAGAUAACGUUAAGAGUGCACCAUGCCGAGCACCCUCCUGUGGGCUGUAGAUGUGUAUGGGAGGGUUUACAGCCUGUCGACAGCAGGUCAGCAGUGGGAACAGUGCCGUGAUGCCCACCUGGAGUUCAAACGCGUCACAGCUGCGUUCCAGUGCUGCUGGGGCAUCGCCUGUGAUCACAACAUCUACCUGUGCGUCCACGCCAGCGAGGUGCCAAUCCGCUUCCGCGAGGAAACCUAUGAAAAUCAGCGAUGGAACCCGGUGGAUGGUUUCUCAGACCGCCUGUUGCCUAGUGAUCGCUGGCAGUGGAGUGAUGUGACGGGGCUGCAGCAUCAGCCGCUGGACAGCUUCCAGCCUCCGUCUGAGAACUGGGAGUGGGAGGCUGACUGGUACGUGGACGAGAACUUUGGAGGAGAGCCCACAGAGAAAGGAGGUUGGACAUAUGCUAUUGAUUUUCCGGCCACUUACACUAAAGACAAGAAGUGGAACUCUUGUGUGCGCCGCCGCCGAUGGGUACGCUACAGGAGGUACAAGUCACAAGACACCUGGGCUAAGAUCCCCUCAGAGCAGACGGGUUCCCUGCCAGACCCAUUUAAUGAUAUAAGCUGUGGUGGUUGGGAGCUCACAGAGGAGCCCAGGGGGCGUAUUUCUCUAUGGGCUGUCUCUCUGCAGGGGAGGGUGUGGUUCCGGGAUGGCAUCAACCACUUUAACCCCGAAGGCUCGGUGUGGGAGGAGGUGCCUACUCCAGGCGAGGUGGUGCAGAUUAGUUGUGGGCCGGCUGACCUUCUUUGGGGGGUGUUGUGGGAGGGACCGUUCCUGGUCAGAGAGGGCAUUAGCAGGGACUGCCCAAAAGGCACCACAUGGGUAGUAGUUGAAUCACCAAGCCCAGAAGUCGGAGCUAUACAUGUAGCAGUGGGCGUCAAUGUAGUGUGGGCUGUGACAAAAGAUCAUAAAGUCUGGUUUAGGCGUGGUGUGAAUUCCCACAAUCCAUGUGGCUCAGGAUGGAUUGGGAUGGUUGGGGAGAUGGUGAUGAUUAAUGUGGGCCUCAAUGACCAGGUAUGGGGCAUCAGCUGUGAGGACCGGGCAGUGCAUUUCCGCCAGGGUGUGACUGUCAGUGAGCUGAGUGGGAAGGCCUGGAAGGCUGUGUCUGUGCCCAGAGACACUGAGCGCUCUCACUCCAGCACCAGUGCUAGCAGCCUGCAGAGUGCCGGGUGUUUUUUUGGGGGCGAGGUCCGCCUGCAGUCGCAGGACUCUGAAACAGAGAAAGCAGCAGCGGAAGGAGUGCCGCCCUCCUCUGAGGCUGAUGAGGCCCCUAAAAAACGAAUCCCCAAAGUGACCAGCGACAGCUUCAUCUCAGAGCUGGUGUCUGAUAGAGAUGGUCAGAUUGGGCAACGCGCCCUCACACAGGCCGCGUCCAUUCCUGAGGAGGAGUGUACAGAGGGAGAUACAGAGGGAAAGGACAAGGCUGUCAUGAAUGUGCUGCUUUCCUCUAGCCAAUCAGGACAGCUGGACCCCCAGUGGAGCAACGUGGACCUGGAGGAGGCUCAGACACACCCGACCAUGGGAACCAGUGGGGAUGCUGCUGAUACCUGCAGCCUGUCUUCUGUAGCCACCUACAACCUGGGCAUGGAGGAGCCAUAUGGGCCUGAUGAUCACCCCUUGUGGGCCUGGGUUAGUGGAGGAGGCUGCUGUAUUGACUCCCACUCCCAACUCCCCUGGUUCAAUUCCACAGGUCUGGCCUCCUCUAUGCAGGCCAUGUCGCUCUCCAUCACACCUGCGCAGACCGCAGCCUGGCGCAAGCAGAUCUUUGAACAGCUCAGCGAGAGGUCAAAGAGAGAGAUGGAAAACUUCCAACAUUAUGAACAGGCCAUUGAACAGUCUGUUUGGGUGAAAAAGGGUUCCAUGCAGUGGUGGAGGGACUGGAAGCCUCACAAGUGGCUGGAUGUGCAGUUUGCACUGGAGCAAUUCUCAGGAGCGGAAGGCAACAAGGAUGGCAUCCUGUUCAUAUACUAUACCUUUAAUGAUGAAAAGAAGUACCUACAUGCAUUCAUUAACGAAGUCACCAUCCUAGUACCGGUGCUGAAUGACUCCAAGCACACGUUUGCAAUCUACACGCCAGAGAGGACUAAGCAGAGGUGGCCCAUCCGCCUUGCAGCUGCCACUGAGCUAGAGAUGUAUGACUGGUUGGCCUUGCUCAGUGUGUCCUGCUGUGAUUCCCGUGGUAUCCAGGGUCCACCUUCCAAACAGGCCAUCUGGUCUGUUACCUGCAAAGGAGACAUUUUUGUCAGUGAGCCCACACCAGGGCUGGAGGCCUCUCCUUACCCUACACCCUGUGACCAAAUGUUCUGGCGCCAAGUUGGAGGGCACCUGAGAAUUGUGGAGUGUAAUAGUCUAGGAGUGGUGUGGGGAAUCGGCUAUGACCACACAGCGUGGGUCCACACGGGUGGCUACGGGGGAGGCUUCUUUCAGGGCCUUGCCAGCAGCACAGAUAACAUCUACACACAGACCGAUGUGAAGAGUGUGUAUAUUUAUGAGAACCAGCGCUGGAAUCCUGUGACUGGCUACACAAACAGAGGGCUCCCUACAGAUCGCUACAUGUGGAGUGAUGCUUCAGGCCUCCAAGAGUGUACCAAAUCCAACACCAAACCCCCCUCUCCUCACUGGACAUGGGUGUCAGACUGGGUCAUCGACUAUGGUGUACCUGGAGGAACAGACAGAGAGGGCUGGCAGUAUGCAGCUGAUUUUCCAGCGUCAUACCAUGGUCAUAAAACCUUGAAGGACUUUGUCCGUCGCAGGCGUUGGGCCAGGAAGUGUAAACUCACUACAACCGGGCCAUGGCAGGAAGUCCCACCCAUCCCUCUGAGUGAUGUUACAAUUUUGCCAUGUGGCCCAAAGACCACAGUGGAACAGGUGCCUUUGUGGGCCAUCAGCAACAAGGGAGACGUGCUUUGCCGUUUAGGGGUCUCGUCACUCACACCUGCUGGAACAUCAUGGCUCCAUGUAGGAACGGACCAGCCUUUCAAGUCCAUCUCCAUUGGUGGGGUGUAUCAGGUGUGGGCUAUUGCCAGAGAUGGCUCAGCAUUCUACAGAGGAGCUGUGUCAUCCCAAAACCCUGCAGGAGACUGCUGGUACCAUAUACCCUCUCCAGCUGCACAGAAGCUCAAACAGGUGUCAGUGGGCAGGACAUCAGUCUAUGCAGUGGAUGAAAAUGGAAACUUGUGGUAUCGACAUGGUGUGACACCCAGUUACCCUCAGGGUUCAUCGUGGGAGCACAUCUCAAAUAACGUGCGCAAAGUGUCUGUGGGGCCGCUGGACCAGGUGUGGAUCAUUGCUGAUAAGGUCCAGGGCAGCCACAGUCUGAGCUGUGGGACUGUUUGCCGUAGGCUGGGUGUGCAGCCCCUGGAGCCUAAAGGACAGUCGUGGGACUACGGCAUCGGGGGUGGUUGGGACCACAUCACCGUGAGAGGCAAUGCCUUGGAGGCCCCGCGUAUCCGCAUGCCAUCACUGACCAACACUGGGAACAGUCGCACGACACCACAUGGCUCGCAGCCGACAGAAAGGAACAGCAACACUGUGGGAUGUUAGCAAAAUAACCCUUUGCCUUCUGCCUAACCUCCUCCUUCCCUUUCUGUACUCUGUAGCCCUGGUGUAGCAGCCCACCCCUUCCCUUGUAGCUAAUGUGUGGUGGAAUCGACACUCAUGCUCAUAAGCUUGUGAUUGUCUUUCUAACCUUUACCUCUCAGCACUGACACAUCUAACUGGAUCCCUUCCAUACCAAAAGGAAGAGCUCCCAUGCCAUCACACUGGUUCGAAUAUUUCUAAAAAAAAUGUUUAAACAUAGACUUUUUACAUAGUUAUUUUGUAUAGUAGGUCUUAAUUUAUUUAUUUAUUUAUUUGUCUGUGGUUACAUUUGUUUGGUGUUGGUUUUGUUUUUAGUUUCUUUAUUUUAUUUUAGUUGCAAAUAAUACAGCGUGUUCAGGGUUUGGUGUAGACUUGGCAAGGUACUCUACAGUUGAAGACAUCACAAACAAAGCACACACAUUUACAGACAAGGCCAUUUUACCAGCAUGAAAACAACAAAGUGAGAGAUCAGAGUUAUAUCGUACAAGUUCACUGACUGCUGGCAACAGAUUAUUUUCCUGCUAAGCACUCAACAUUAUAACCGGGUAACAUCCUGUUCUUGAGAAGUAAUAAGAAAAAGUGUCAGCUGGCUCCUAGGAAAAUAAAUCGUCAUACAUUCAGGUGGCCGUUAUCUGUAAGCUCACUGUAGUGGUGUCAUCAAUACUUGUGCAAUACUUAGCAUUUAGACAAUGAUAGGGGCGUUUUUCUUUUCUCAGGAAUCCCAAAGCUCUUAAAAUUCAGAGUGUAUGUUUCAUCAAAAUGAAUAACAGAGGACUAUCUGUAUUGUUCCAAAGGCAGCACAAAUGAGAUCUUGGAGAAUAUUUAUUUUUCAGACUUUCAUUAUGGCCAAUGCUAUUGUAUGAUCAUUGUCAUUUUAAUGAGACUUUUACGCUGGCAGGUGAAAUGUGGUUUUCUCUUAAAGCAUGGUUUUAGGGCAUUAUGUGGAAAUAUAAAUAAAAAUAAAAUCAUUAAAUAUAUAGAGACACAAAAAUAAAAACAACUGGAAUGUUGUUGCUGGUAAAGUGUAUGUCAAUAAAAAGAAAAGGUUUGUACAGUUUGCACCAUAUUUCUGUCUACACUCCAUAAUGAAAUGUGUGUGAUUGGCUUUGGAGAUUUUUACCUCCUGUACUUUAUGGAGUAACAAAGAACCUUAUUUGUUAAGUACAUUAAAACACCCCCAGUGUUAAUGUAUGCAUGACGUGCCCUUUCAAUAAAUGUGACAUCAAAUAUU